AUGUUUGGGAUCCGAACACCAAAGAAAAGGAUUCAAGGAGGAGACAUAGACCGAAGCCCACCACAAAUUGUAGGUCCAUCUCAGAAGGAACUACACGUCAUAAGCAAAGUGCGGAGAAGCAUUGGAGAGUGGGAAAAAGAUGGGAAGGAAUCGGAUCCCGCAACUCAGGGACGGUUGACCAAGCAAAUCCCGGUUGUCCGUACAAAGCCAAUAGCUGGCUCUUCGACAAGUAGAACAUCACUCGAAAGGGAAGGGGGCUCACCAGACAAGGUGGCUCCUAA